AUGAUCGACCUCGUCGUCUCCCAGGUCCCCGGCGCGGACAAGUCCGUAGUGGUGCCCAAUGGCAUGCGCAUGGGCGCCGCGGCCAUCCUCGACCAUCUGGCGCCGGGCGCGGGCGCGCGCCUCGAGCUGUGGCACGGCGCGCGGCGCCUGGGCCCCGCCGAGCGGCCGCGCGCCCCCGUCGCGCGCGUCGUCGUGACGAGGGCCCUGGUCGGCGGCAAGGGCGGCUUCGGCCAGCUCCUGCGGAACCUGGGCCGCGCGGGCGGCGGCGUGCGGACCGGCGCCGAAAUACAAAAGCAACCACCUCCCCACUGAUCAAUAAACCACGCAGGAACGAACGCGCGACUUCGGCGCGUGCCGCGACCUGUCGGGCCGGCGGCUGCGCCACGUGAACGACGAGAUCGCGCUGGAGCGGUGGCACCAGGCGCGCGCGCGCAACGAGGCGCGGAAGCGCGACGGCGGCGGCGCGGCGGCCGAGGAGGACGAGGACGCGCCGGCGCACGGCAUCCGGGGCUGGCACCUCGCCGUGCCCUCGUGGGCCGAGCUCCCGACCAAGGCGCGGAAGUCCAAGGCGGCGCUGCGGCGCGCGGCGGCGGCCCGCCGCUGGCAGGACGAGGAGGCCGACGUCCUCGCGAGCGGCUGCGUGACGCGGAGCUUCGAGGGCGCGGUGACCAUGGUCGACACGGUCCACGACGCCUUCUGCGUCGUCGACGGCGACUGCUACGUGCCGGCCUCGGCGAACGCCAAGGACGACGACGACUGGGCCGCGGCGCCGCUCCGCGUCGGCGACGUCCUGAGCGUGCGCGCCGCGCACCGGCCCCAGGGCCGCAACAAGUGGACGGCCUACCGCGCCGAGCGCGUGUCGCGCGCGCCGCCGGGCAAGGCGCGCCGGGGCCGGGAGAAGCGCGUCGAGCGCCACGUCCGGCGGCCGCGCGCCGUCGAGGAGCGGCGCGCGGCCGCGCGCGGCGCCGCGGCGGGGCGGGCCAAGGCGCGCGACCAGCCGGCGCCCGAGGUCGACGCGGCGGCCAUGCGCGCGAGCGUCGCCGCGGGCCUCGCCGCGGCCGAGAGCCGCGCGCCGAAGAAGACGCGCCACCACGGCGCCGCGGCGUGCCUGCCCGUCGCCGCCGACGGCGCCGCCGCCCCGGCGACGACUGUACCGUCGGUGCUGGGGGUCCUGACGGGCGACGCGGCGCUCGGGCCGCGCGGCGCCGUCGAGGGGCGGUCCGAGUUCUGCUCCGUGGCCGUCGCCGGCUGCGAGGCGGUGAAGGACGGGCGCUGGUACUACGAGGUCGAGCUGGGCACGGACGGCGUCGUCCAGGUCGGCUGGGCGGGCGCGGACUUUGGCGCCGACGACGGCGCGGGCGACGGCGUCGGCGACGACGCGCACUCGUGGGGCUUCGACGGCUGCCGCGGCCGCGCGUGGACGGCCGGCGCCGCCGAGGCCUACGGCGGCGCGGAGGGCUGGAAGAAGGGCGACGUCGUCGGCUGCCGCGUCGACGUCGAUAAGGGCGAGGCGUCCUUCUCGGUCAACGGGGCCGAUUUGGGCGUGGCGUUUCGCGGCGUGGCUGGGCCACUUUCGGCGGCGCUGAGCCUCGAGGACGGCGAGGCCGUGCGCGUGGCCCUCGACCGCGGCGACCUCCGCUUCGGCCCGCCGGCCGGCUACCGGGCGCUCGGAGACGCGCGCCUCGCGCCGCUCGCAGAGGACAAGAAGGCGCCGGCCGCCGCACCGGCACCAGCGGCGGCACCUCCGCGACCGGCCGCCGCGGCCGCCGCGCCGCCCGCUCCGCCUGUGUCGGCCGCGCCGCCUGCGCCACCCGCGCGGCCUGCGCCUGCGCCGGCACCGCCGCCGCCGAAAAAGAAGGCGCCCUACGUCAAGGGCCCGCCCGUCGCGGCGGCCGCGCUCGACCUCGGCCCGUUCGAGUCGGCCGAGGCCCUCGAGGCGCUCGGCCUCGACCGGCUCAAGAGCGCCCUGAUGGCCGCCGGCCUCAAGUGCGGCGGCACGCUCCGCGACCGCGCCGAGCGCUUGCUGUCGACGCGCGGCAAGGACCGGGCCGACUGGGACCCGAAGAUCCUCGCGAAGCCGAAGAAGAAAGGGUAAGAACUGUUAUUAUAUUAUCACAUCCGAGU